AUGGGUACAAAACGAAAAAAGACCAUUGAGUUGACUAUUGAAAUGAAGAAAAAAGUUUUGGAUUUAAUCGAUAAAGGUGAUAGUCAGCGGAAAAGCGCUGAAGCUUUUUCUAUUGCGAAUUCAACUGUUGGGAACAUUAGUAAAAACAGGAGCGAGAUUCUCAGAGCCUGGAAUGAAAACUGCUGCAAUAUUCCAGUCAGUGGACCUAUGCUUCAGUCAAAAGCUAAAGAAAUAGCAGAAAAGCUUGGUAAAGAAAAACUUUUGGAUUCUCUGCGGCGAAUCAGCAGCAGCGGAUUUAGAAGUGGAAAGCUUGCAAAAGAAAGGUUAACUGUACUUGCCUGCUGCAGUUCUACUAGAGAAAAAUUAAAGCCAUUGGACAUCGGAAAUGCUGAACAUCCUCGUGUAUUCAAGGCAAAUGGAGUCGAUCCAAAAAAUCCUCCCAUUAUUUGGCGUUCCAAUAAGAAGGCAUGGAAGACUGGAAAUUUGUUUGAAGAGUGGCUCACCGAUUUGAAUCAACAAAUGAAAAAGUCGAACCGGAAAAUCCUAUUACUUGUUGAUAAUGCCACUAGUCACAAUGGUACAAAAAUAUUGAGCCGUGUAACUGUGAAAUUUCUUUCACCUAGUCUAACAUCGGAAGUUCAACCGCUGGAUCAAGGAGUAAUACCAGAAACAAUUAGCAAAUGCUUUCAACGCUCAGGUUUCAAAGAAAGAACAGAGGGAAUUGAUGAAGACAAAGAUGUAGGCUUAGCUGAGGUGAUAAAUUCUUUUUCACCUGAAAUUCAAAAUGACGUACUCUCAGUUGCUGAGAUUGAUAACGCUGAUGCUGAGUUGAUUCUUCAUGAAGAAAUACCUACAAGUCACAAGCCUCAGCUAAUGGAUAGUUUGUUUAAGGUGUAA